GGGAAAGAAAAUGGAAGAUAUAUUCAAUUCAGAUAUCAAAGAGUAGUUGGGAAGAACAAAUUAAUUUCAAUUUUCCCCUAAAACCCUAAGAAAAAAAAAAAAAAUCUCUAAAACCCACCUCUGUGAAUUUCGUCUCAGAAUGAAAAUUCAGAACCACAUCUCUGCCAUGAUUUAUAUGUUCAUGUCAGCUUUCUCAAAAUUCCCUCACUUUCCACGACUUCUCGUUUUCUUUCUCCAAAACCCCCAUUUUCUCUUUUCUUUUUCUAACCCACAAACAAAAAAAAACCCUAAUCCCUUCUUCUUCUUCUUCUUCUUCUUCCAUUUUUCUUAAUUCAAUUGAAUUUUCCUUCAAAAUCUGACGACUUCUUACAAUUUCAGACUCUGCUUUCGUCCUAUCCUUUUCCGCAUUCCCGUGUUACGCUGCUUUCAAUUUUUUACACUGUUUAAUGCUGUCGCUUGGUGCUCUCUGAAAGAGAAGAUAAAAGAAAAGGGGAAAUCAAAAAACCCCAUAGACCAAAGCUACAGAGAAAGAAUUUUUCUUUUUUGAUUAAAGAAAAAGGGCAAAUAAGGGAAAAGGUAGACGGAGACUUUCUGUGACUUGUCGGGGUGGUUGCCCACAAAAAGGUACAUUCAAUUAUAAAAUAAGUAUAACAAAUCCUGAAAAGAAGCAGAGAUACAGAAAUUUUUUCCUUUUUUCCUUUUUUAUUUAUUAAUAUUCAAACAAUUCCAUGUUUUCUCUUUUAUGAUGCCUUUCCUCUUCUCCGUUUCUUUCAUUUCUCUUCUUCAAAAGGGUCUUUCACUUACGCACAGUAGUUGAGAUUUCAGAUUUUCCUUUUCUAUUUUGUUCUAACAAAGUGAGGAACCAACAGGGUUUUGUCAAUCUUAAAGAAGCUUCCCUUCCUAUUACCAUUGAAUCUCUUUCUAUUUUUCUUUUAUUGUGAUUUAAUCCCAUGCUUUUUGUGUAUUCAUCUUGAGUUUCUAGUUUUCUCUGAUGUCUAUACCGUUAGAACAUGAUUACAUAGGCUUAACAGAGUCUGUUCCUUCUCUGGAAAGCUCUGAAAAGUCUUCUGAUAAACGCAACAAUGCUGGUUUGAACCUUAAGGCUACUGAACUGAGGUUGGGUCUGCCGGGAUCGGAGUCACCGGGAAGGGAUGAUGGGUUUGAGGACAAUAAUGGGUUCCUUCACAAGAGCCCUGUUUCUGGGGCUAAGAGGGGUUUCUCCAUAGCCAUUGAUAGAGCUUCUGCCAAGUGGGUUCUACCAGCUUCUGCCGGAUCUGAGGCUGAUUCCUCCACAAAUGGGGGUUUGUUUUCUCCUAGAGGUGUUAAUGAGAAUAAGACUCAACCACCUGCUUCCGCUGUCCCUGGUGUCAAAGAUGGUAUUUCUCCGUCAGCCAAGCCAGUACUAAAUGAGGAAAAGCCUCAGCUUUCUCCCCCUGCAGCUAAGGCACAAGUUGUAGGAUGGCCACCCAUUCGUUCUUUUCGUAAGAAUUCAAUGGCAACACAGCCCCCUAAAAAUACAGAUGAUGCAGAUGGCAAGUUGGGAUCAGGCUGCCUUUAUGUCAAGGUAAGUAUGGAUGGCGCACCGUACCUCAGGAAGGUUGAUCUGAAAACCUAUGUAAGCUAUGUGGACCUCUCAUCAGCCCUGGAGAAAAUGUUCAGCAGUUUCACAAUUGGUCACUGUGGCUCUAAUGGAGUUCCAAACCGGGAUGCACUGAACGAGAGUAGGUUGAUGGAUCUGCUCCAUGGCUCUGAAUAUGUACUCACCUACGAAGAUAAGGAUGGUGACUGGAUGCUCGUUGGUGAUGUUCCUUGGGAGAUGUUCACUGAAUCUUGCACAAGGAUGAGGAUCAUGAAGAGUUCGGAGGCUAUUGGGUUAGGUAUGCUAUGCUAUGGACUUGAACAAUUUCUUAAUUUUGUUUUUCGUUAUUACUAAAUUUAUUAGACAAGUUAUAGUGGGAUUUCAUCUUCACGAUUAUAAAGCAUUUGAGAAUAUGGGUCUUUCUUCAGUGCUCUCUUAGUUACCAUCAUUAUCUCUACACUUGAAAAGCCUUUUCUUUUUCUGAGAAUUACUUGGCAUCUUUCAUUGUCAUAAAGUUUGACCCCCCCACCCGCCCCUCAAAGAAAAAGAUGUAACAAUUAAAAACAUAGCAGUUUAAAUUCCAUUAGGAUCGGAUCUUUAAACAAAGUUCAUCAUAAUCUGAUGCUUUGAUCAUUUGCAUUAUAAGGAUGCUAAUUCGUGAUAUGGAUUGAGCAAUAUAUUAUAAAGAUGGAAUCAGAAUAAAAAGUUACCCCUUCCCAAAUAAUAAUAAUAAUAAUAAUAAUAAUAAUUCUCCUGUGACCCCAUAACUAGAAGUUUGGCCUUUUCUCUCGCAGCUCCAAGGGCCAUGGAGAAGUGCAAAAACCGUAAUUAGCUGGCAAACGCUUUUGCUAUAUCAAUGCAUCAAUCACGCACGUUAGAACAAAUGUUGUUUGGAGAUAAUGUAUAAUCUGGAUGCUGGAAGCAUAGAUCGAGCGAGAAAAUCUAUACCGAGUAUUGUGUUCUUUGUGCUAUGAGUUCUAAAAAACUGGAGAGUUGAUGUAUGGAGAUAACUUGUGUUGGCAAAGAUGAAUUUCAAUAGGACGAUUCAUAGUUUCUUAGUUUGUCCCCUUACCCUAUUUUCUUUGUGAUUUUACUUGGAUUGGUGUUGCUACACUUUUACUUUGUAUUAUUGUAAAUGGUUUGUUUGCUAUUGCCAA